GUGCUCGUGAACAGCAGCAUACAUUCAAAGCCAGUCGGCGUGAUCGGCGCCAGCGCCGGAAAUCCGUGCGGGCGGAUCAGCGGGCGGCGGGAAGAUUUCGCUCGCUCCCGGACAGCGACCGAAUUCUUCUUCGACUGCUCCACCCACAGACCCACUCUGGCGUGUCCGCCCGGUCUUGCAUCCAGACUUCCCUCUCGCCGCCAGCCUGUACUGUCGAUCGUGCUUGGACGCCGAUCGCUCGGCCCUUUGCGCAUCCCACCAUGUCGUGGCCCCAGUCAAAGCUCCAAAAGCCGUCUCAUGCUCCAGCCAAGGACCCCAGCCGUCCAGGCUUGGACCUCAACGACCACGCUGUGCCGCUCCCAAAACACCUGCAGCCCCGCAAGUCCCAUAUCUUUACCGUCGCCCCGGCUGCCGAGCACUUUCGCGGAAGUGCCGGCAGGUCGAUCUCUGUGCAGGGCCAUCGGAGCCUGGAUACGGCAGCUCCAUUGCCCCUCCCCAACGGAGAGCACGAUGCUCCGUGGUUGGCAUCGCUGAGCCGCGUGGGUCCCAAAGUCCAUGCCCUCUCGAAGAGCCGCACAACCGAAACGUGGCUGCCCGCCCUCGCCCACACCCGGCCUCUGACGAUCCAGCAGCCGCCACCACAACCACAGCCGCAACCGCAAAAGUCUUUACCAUCGCAGGUGGCCACGGAACGAGCAGACCAGGCUGUAUCGGCCCCCGCCCCACACUCAACCUUAGCUCCAAAUCCAGCCCCGGUUCCGGCUCCGGUGAAAAUCGCUGACUCUCGAUGCACAUCGCCAUUUGGGCCAGACCAACCCUCGUUGCCGGCGCAGCUGAACUUUGAGACCGAGCUGAAACUGGCCUCGAUUCUGGUCGAUGGCCACUGCUCGCAAAGCGACCAGGACCUGCUGAACCGAUACUUUUCUCACACAUCCGGUCCUCGGCCGCUGGCACCAUUGCCGGACGCCAAACGCAUCAUUCACGCCUCUGUUCAAUACGCCAUGCGGGCACAAGCACAGGCGGACACGGCGUCCUCUGAAGAUGAAAGUAGCGAAAGCGAGGUCUGCGAGGGGCGAAGAGACGAUGUUGGUGGUAACGAGCACAACGUUGCGGACGAGCAGCAGCUCGAGGGGUUUGUGGCAACUGAGACCGACAGCUCCAAUAGCGACCAAACUCCCUCACUCUAUUGCAUCACCGCCGACAAGGAUCAAGCAACCGAUUCAUCGCAGUCACAGAACGAGGUCGAGGCCACAGUCUCGCCCGUGGAGCACAAUCACCCAGCCCAGGAAGCAUCCAGGAAACAGCAGUCGGUGGCCCGGCUCGUUGACCACAUCGAGAAGGAGAGUGGAACGAAGAUUCGCACACACUCGCCCCAACCACCAGGCUAUCCCAGAAACGUCCCUGUACCUACCGCUCCUCAGGGAUCGCCUAUUGAUGGCAAGCAGCCUCCAGAGACGUGUCUCCAUGACCCGCCUCAGCGCCCGGCGGGCCCCAGCGAGCUGUUGUUGCGAAUAUCGGAGCACGUCCCCCUGUGCUUCUACACCAAUGUUUUCAAAGAAAUCCAGGCGAUCGGGUUUCACGUCCUCAACAUGCAGAGGGAUAAGCGGCAUCUUGCAGUGACACUGCGACGUUGUGAAGGAGUCUGUUCUGUCUUUGAGCAACCCCGCCGCUUGAGCGAGCAUUUGCACAAGCUCCUCAUCAAUCUGUGCCAUGUCCACUUUAAGAACACGGCCGUGAUGCUUGAGCCGAUAACUGAGGCUCUGGCCAGCGAUCUCUUCCAAGCUUCGUCUGUGCAGUUGGAAGUCGGCGAGACUCAUGUUCGCGACGAAAAUACGGAAUACCGAAUACCGAGACGGAACAUCGUCAUCGAGCGACAGCUCAACUGCCCACACCCGCUAUCGAGAGAGACCCAGUCUCAGACAUUUGUCAUAGCAGCUCGGUUUCGAUUGGCUGUCGAUUUGCUGAGAAAGCUGUUUCCGGUCAAGGAAUCGCCGCUCCUUACAACGCAGCAUCCUACCAAACCAUCUGACCGAUUCCCUGUCGUGGGAACGAGGCUAUUGGGAAUCAAGAUGGUUCGGGCACUUGAUCGGCAUCUGGCUGCCACACUCACACCGUUUGCCACCGGGACUUGGGACAGCGUGGCAAGUCUGGAGGCGCUGAUGGAUCCCGGGAACCUCGAGCCGCCAGAGCAAUCGUCCUGGAUUGUCCUUGCCCUGCAUCGCGCAGAUGGAUAUGCGUUUGCGGAGAGGAUUGCCAACGAGCUACUGCCAAAACCCCUGAACAAGCCCCCAAACAACUGCGAGCAAUAUCAUGAUCGUGUCAGCCGGCUACGACAGCAGCUCUCGGUGGUGUUUUCACAGAACCCAGAAGCGGCCUUUGCGCACGUCAAUGCGUUCUUCCACGACCGCGAUCUGCGCAUAGAAUGCUUGGGAUCUGCAGACAUUUAUACCCCAAGGCUGGCUGCGCUCGGCUGGCUUGCAUAUGCGACAACGCCUCCGCUCCUGAUCAGCUCGUUUGUGAUAGUGCCGCAAUCACUGGCCGGCUGCAUUGGCUCGAUUCUCGCCAGGACCGCGGCUUGUGGGCUUGUUGUAUCGACCCUGACGACGGUCCAUGUUCAACAAGAUACAGCAUCGAGGCUACGCAAGAUUGCUGCAAAGUAUCGUAGCGAUUGCCCAACAAACGGUACCCUGCAUUUUGCACAGGAGCCCGCCGCUGGAAUGUCUGUCGUGCUGGGGGUGGUGCAUUCGGAUGCAGUCAGGCUGUUGCUCGACUGCCUAUGUGGAGAAACGUCUACAAGCUUUUGCGGGGUGUAUUUGCCAUGGACAUAUGAGCUUGCCAGUCUCCAACUCAAGAUCCUGUUUCCAGAGGGGAUGGACAUUGAGUUGUCUGCAUGCUCCCAGGACCCCUUUACGCUGCGGCAGAUUAUUGCCCCUUCCGUUCAACUCGGCAUUGCCGCUGUACCAACGAAUGAACUGACAGCCCCCGCAGCGAUCGAGCGAGGAGCGCACGGAUCCGACCGUCGGAUAUGUGUCGUGGUGGCAUGCGAGUUCCCGAUGAUGGCAGACAACUACAGUCUGUGGGGGAAAACGUUGGAAGAGCUGUGUGGCAACGCCCCGUCGAUUAGCAAACCGCAUCGGCACACCCGCUCAGCCGACCGCAGCCGACCGAUGAAUAUGGCCAAGCUCAAGCUGACCAAGCUGAGUCAAUCUGUCGUGGAGCGGCUCGCCGAUGUUGUCGACAAGCAGGUGCUUGACUGGCUCAAAGCCGGCCCCUGCAUGGUGGCUGUCGUUGAAGGAUCAAGGACGGCGACGGAGAGUAUUGAUGAGCUCCUCCGCGGACUCGGUGCCCUGUCCAAAGCGGUUAUCUGUCUGGCGGACGAAAUUGCGUCCGAACUUGAUCCCCUUCUGCAAUGAUUGUCUGCAGUGCUCGAGCCUGGCUGGCUCGGGGGAGUGCUGAGGUGGCUGUAUAUUCUUUUGGUUUGGGCUUCAGAGGGGGCCAACACGCAACCGGCGAAACUUGGGCAGUGC